AUGGACCAAAUUGAAGGAGGUUCAUCAGCCAAGCGGACCUGUACGAAAGCGAGGUCGCCCCAGAGGGAAGGGGAUGAAGCAGUUGCCUUCAAGAGGAGCAGCAAGCUCUCCCGAACGCCCACUGAGCUGGAAACAAUGGAGGAUGGGCGGAGCCCUGGGCCAGGCUCUACGCCGCCUCCCAAGAGGACACGGGAUCCUGCGAGCCCGACCAGUUCGCAGAGAUCCACGCCUGCCAAAAAGAGCAAGGCAUCGGAGGAGGCAGCCAGCCUGCAGGAUCUCCAAGAACUGGGGAAACUGCUGCAGGAGGUUUCCACGAAAAUGAUGGAUAAGACGACGCGUCACAUCACUGUCUCAACAAGGGAAAUGUUUGCCAAAAUGAAGGCACUGCACGCAAACAUCCUUGCGGCAAGCAGAGCGGCUGCUGCGGGCGCCAACGAAGGGCAGGAGAGCCAGGCCGGAAACAGCCGGUGCCCAAAAUGCGCCCAGUGCAUACUCUGCGUCGACAAGGAGCAGCAGACACCGACAGUAUGGAUGAAGGAUGCUACUGCUCAAACAGAGCCCUGGCGAAGGCUGAGCCAGCCAAAUUGGCCGGAACUACCAGCAUCUGCGACUGCCCCUACACCAACUGGCGCAGCGCAGCAGGGAAUCGCGAAAGGGCCCAAAAAGCCCCGGAAAAAGCCUCAAGGAGCCCAGCCAGAGCCCGCGGAGGCCCACGUUGCCGCCCGGACUCUCGAGAACCCCGGAAAACCCUCUGGGGAAUGGGAGGUAGUUGCCAAGAAGCCGAGGGCAGCGCGCCGUGGACGUCCUGAUGCUGUCAUCGUGCAGGCAAACGGCAAGUCCUACAGCGAGGUGCUAGCCAUGGUGACCAGGAGGGGCGACAAGCAGUUGUCGGCCCUGGGUGCCUGUGUCUCCAAGGUCCGUCGCACUAACAACGGCAACCUGCUCCUGGAGGUGGCCAGAGGGAGCGUGGAGAGCGCCGAGACCAUGAAGGAGAGCAUCGAGAGGGUACUCGGAGACUCCGCGACUGUUCGUGCGUCGACGGAGAGCACGAAAGUGCUGGUCUUGGAGAUCCGAAACAUCGACUCCAUCACCUCGAAGGAUGAGGUCUGUGCCGCCAUCGCCGGCCAAUUCAACUUCGAAGUAGGACGCGUGAGAGUCCGGAGCAUGCGCCGCGGCCACUCAGAGACGCAGCUGGCGGUGGUCAGCCUGCCCAUCCCAUUGGGCAAGGCAGUUCUGCAGCGUGGCGAGGUGCGCAUCGGAUGGUCGAUGUGUAGGAUACGGGAAAGAUCCGGUCCACCAAGGUGCUUCAGAUGCCUGGAAACCGGGCACAUUGCGAUCCACUGCAAGAACCCGGUGGAUAGGAGCGCCUGCUGCAUCAAAUGUGGAGAGGCCGCGCAGGAUCUUCUGACGCAGACGGUGCGCGAACGCGGCUCGGAGGUAGCUAUCCUCAGCGAGCCAUACAGGAUAGGAAGCAGCCGAGACUGGGCCACGGACCGUACUGGCAAAGCGGCCCUAUGGCUAUGCGGAGCGGGUGCGCAGCAGAUGAGUGACAUCAAGGCGACUGACGGCUUUGUCAGAGCAAAUGUUGGCGGCACGUGGCUAUACAGCUGCUACCUGGCGCCCACCCUAUCGCUGGAGUCCUUCGGUCGGAUCCUGGAUGAGUUGAGCAUCGACCUCCGGGGACGUAGCAACGCGGUGGUCGGUUGCGACUUCAACGCCUGGGCUACCGAAUGGGGAUCUUCUCGGACAAACGCAAGAGGCCGCGCGGUGCUGGAAACCUUUGCCUCGCUGGACGUCGUCCUCUUGAAUGAAGGCUCCCGGCAGACCUUCAGCAGGGCGGGCGCGGGAUCUGUCAUCGAUCUCACUUUCGCUAGCAGUGCGCUGGCCCGCCACGCCUGUUGGAGGAUCGGGGAAGUCUACACUGCCAGCGAUCAUGAGGCCAUCGAGUGCACGCUAGGGUUGGGCGGCCGACCCAGUGGCCCCCCACCUCUACCAAGAAGGGCGUUCCGGCAGGACACCUUCAGACCUCGGGCCUUUGUAAGCGCCCUUGAGGGAUUCUCAGUGGACGAUGCGGACGGAGCUAACGGGAUGGCAAACAAGCUGGCUGACGCCUUGGAAAACGCCUGUGACCAGAGCAUGCUCCAGAGGAGGCCAUUUCGAGGAAACCACCGCCCGGUUUUCUGCGAGCGAUAUAAAGCGGCGAGAAAGGCGCUGAAGAUCGCUAUUAGAGACAGCAAGCGGGAAAGCUUCCUGAAGCUGUGCGAUGCCGCCGAGGAUGAUCCAUGGGGAGGCGCGUACAAGAUGACGGUGAAGAAGCUCAACGCGGGGGGAAACGCCCCAUCCGACCCGGAGGCACUGGAGGGGAUCGUCAAAGCCCUAUUUCCAGAUGGUCAACCUGUCGGAAGCUUCCCAAGUGCUGAGCCAGGAGAGUUCCGCAGCGUCACGGAAGCCGAGGUACUGCAGGCCGGCAGAAACAUAAAACCCAAGAAGGCGCCGGGACCCGACGGGAUUCCUAGCAGAGCGACAAAGCUGGCUCUAGCGUUGCCUCCGGAGCAGGUGGCCGGGCUUUUCAACAAAUGCCUCCAGGAAGGUACGUUCCCUGUAAGGUGGAAACGGCAACGGCUGUUAUUGCUGGCCAAGCCAGGCAAGCCACCAGGAGAGGCUUCCUCCUACAGGCCAAUCUGCCUGCUGGACAUAGUAGGCAAAGUCUUCGAGAGGGUGAUCGCAACCAGGAUGACAGAAGCCAUCGAAGCAGCGGGCGGCCUAUCCACUGAGCAAUACGGCUUCAGGAAGGGAAGGUCGACCAUGGAUGCCAUCAUGAAGGUGGUCGAGACAGCUAGGGAAGCCAUCGCUGGUUCCAGGUGGAGAGGAGGAACGAAAUCCUACUGUCUUGUGCGCUAA